CCAGAGACGCUCUGAGAAUUCCAGCGCUCCUUCGACGGCCGGCCUGGCGAGCGGGCGCGAGAGCCUCCGCGGCCUUUGGGAUGGCUGAGCGCGCCCAUUCUGAGAAAUGAGUGACGGUUUCUGAGGCGGCGGGGGCGGCCCCGGCCUGGCCUGUGAGGGAAAGGAGGCGAGCGACCCAGGCUCGGCGAUGAGCUGUCGCUACGGAGGCGGAGGGACGGUUUCCUCGCUCCUGGAGCUAUGCCUUCAUUGUUUAACAAGAAACAUAUCCAAAUAUGCUGCAGAUAUUAAGUCUUUGCCUCCCAACAUAAAAGAUAAAUUGAUUAAAUCAUUGAGUAUCCAAGGAUGGAUAACAGAUGCAAAUAUUAGCAUGGUUCUUCACCCUGCAGUGGAGGCACUGGAUCUUCGAGACUGUGAUAUUUCAGACUCUGCCUUGCAACAACUUUGUAACUGCAGGCAUCUUAAAAAGAUAAAUGUAAAUGUUUGGAAAAACAAAAGGCUGACCAUAACUUCUGAAGGAGUUGCAGCACUGGCCUUAUCAUGCCCCUAUCUGCGGGAAGCCUCCUUUAAGAGAUGCAGCAACCUAACUGACAGUGGAAUCCUUGCUCUUGCCCUCAACUGUCCCCUUUUACAAAUAGUCAAUAUAGGUGGAUGCUCCAACAUCACAGACACAUCCUUAAAAGCCCUUGGACAGAACUGUAGAUCCCUGCACAGUGUUGAUUUCUCAUCAACUCAAGUCACUGAUGAUGGUAUAAUAGCGCUUGUUAGUGGAAUGUGUUCAAACAGUUUAAAGGAGAUUCAUAUGGAACAUUGUGUUAAUUUGACGGAUAUAGCUGUGGAAGCUGUCCUCACAUAUUGCCCUAUGAUAUACAUUCUGUUGUUUCAUGGAUGCCCACUCGUAACAGAUCGUUCCCGAGAAGCACUGGAGCAGCUGGUUGGACCCAAAAAAUUCAAGCAGGUUUCAUGGACUGUUUAUUGAUUUUUGUUUGAAAUCACAAGGCAUUACUUCUUUCAUUCCCCCCCCCCCCCGGAUCAUUUCUGAGUCUUCUGAUUAAUUUGUACGUUUGCUGUUGAUACUGUAGUCUCAAACAGGAGAAGAGUAAACAUGCUAUUCGUGUUUGUUUUUCUCCAAGUUAGAUUGUAUCAGUGUUCUGCAUUUUUUCUUCAUGGAAGUUCAUGAAAGAUGGCUUUAGGGCUUUACUUAUUUAAAAAAAAAAAAAGCAUGACACUGUACCAAUAAGGACCAAUAGUAAAUAAGGGAAUGCAAAAAGCAGAGAGAACACCAGUAAGCUAAUGGAGCAAAUAUCAUGGAACCAUCUACUUGUGCUGCCUGCUCUGCUGUCAAUUACGUGGAGACCAGUUCUAUUUCUAGGCAUCCAUUGUAACAAGAGCCAUGAUUUGUUUGUAUCUGAAUAAAACCUUCAAGUUGUACAGUG